AUGAACUAUCUAGGAGUAUGCUGCGCCAACCUGAAGGACAACAAAGCCCUGAUGAAAAUGGGUUUGGGGCUCGUACUUGUGGGCCACGUGAACUUCCUCCUCGGGGCAUUGGUUCAUGGAGCAGUGUUGAGGCACAUUAACGUCCACCAGCAGGCGCGAGCCAUGGUCUUUGAAAUCUCCAAUGUGAUCGCAAUAGUGGCCGGACUGUUUGGAAUUAUUGAGGGAAUAAUAACCAUUGUAUUGUCCAAAAACAAGAGAAACACAAUCCUGAAGUGGGUCCUAUUGUUCCUCAGCUUUUUAGUUGGACUUCUGGCAAUUGCUUCUGCCAUUAGUUUGAGUGUCUCCAUGGUACAGGCAAUUAUGAACAGAGGGAAGAUCCUACUGACACAUUGCCUACAUGCUGAUAAGAAUGGGUCUUCAAGCAUCACAUAUGAAUGCCCUUUUGAUCCCACCCGUAUAUACGCGACAACCCUCAUUCUAUGGUUGCCUUUAAUUGUGAUGUCAGUGGUGGAGACUGUCUUUGCCUUCCGAUGCUUUGCCGUUUGUACGUCCUCUUUGUACCUGUGCCCGUGCAGGAGACGGCCGCUGAUGGCGAAGAGGGUUAGAAUUCAACAAACGUUACAAUCAGUAGAAGGUGAAGCGGAUAACUCACCUGUGGAGCCUGAGGAAGAGUCUGAAGAAGAGCCUGAAGAGCGAGACGAGCUGCUGGAGGCUGGCACUGCGGUGGCUCAGAGUGACUGGCUCUGA